AUGGAGCAAUCACCGUUGACACAACAAUCACGCCCUGAGACGUUCGAACCCAAGGUCGUACAGCUCUAUCGUCAAUUUAUCAGGGAUCGUGAUGAAGACAACAAGCCAGAAGGCUUCUGGAGGGAAUUCUUUCUCCUAAAGCCAGAUAACGCACGCUUCGGACAAAUACUGGACGACCUGGAAGCCAUAGAUCUAUUACAAGUCUCGCAUCAUUGCGAACAGUUCGUCUCCCACGCUAUCAAGUAUGCCAAAUCCGGGACAUCGCCCUCAGACGAGAACGCUCUUGAUGUAUGUAAUAUUCUUGACUUUCAUGUUCACCCCAACUUACAACUCAGANACUUGACAGUGUUUCUCACAAAAGUGUUUUCGAAGAGAUACACGAAUCCCAGCUCAGAUAUCAUUGAAGUGCUAGCCGGACUCGAUAACAUCGAUACUGUUUUCAACGACCUUGUGACGGUACUGGACACGACCAUAAGCUCUGGAAAGACAGUCCGCAUACAGAAGAAGGCCGUACAAGUGGCUCUUUGCGUGGCCUCAGGGGCUUUCCAAACAGGCCUACUCACAUACUUUACACAACGAGACUUCUUUCCUGCCUUGAUGAGAGUGAGUAUAAGAAUAAACUCAUUGCGACCUUUACUAAUAGCAAUAGNNCUCAUCCAUGACCUAGAAGAUCCACUGGACGCAGCACAUCCACUUCUUCUAGCGGGACUCCUGGCGAACUACAACAAGUUCGAAACCUACAACCCUUAUCAUGCCCGAUUUGCUGACUUUGUCAACCGCGAAACGAUUGUCCAGAUCUGCAAAUCAAUCGAAAGCACUUGUGUGUUUCUGAGAGAUCAAUACGUCGCCAUCCAGGACGAUGUUCCUGAAGCCUGGAGUAUCGGAGGCACCUUGAGUUACAUUGGUCUUGGAGCUCUUGCAGGUGCAAAGCCUGCAACCCCUGCACCUACCGAGGACGAGAUGAAAGCAAAGUUUGCUGAACAGCCGCAACCACAAGCAGGAACACUACUCACAAUCUAUGACUUUGUGGUUGCCAACAAGUCUUUCAGCGCAGACUUUGUUCGAGCAUACACAGAGGACAAGACACAGAGUUCACCGAUAGCUCAAUAUCUCUCUUUCUGCUCAUACCUGUAUCAGCACGCCUAUCGCUCGCAAAGGGCGACGCAGUAUGCUCACCUCACUUUAUCCACGAUACAAAACCUGGUCGAGGAUCUGGAUGUUGUGAAGAAGUUGUGCGAGACGACUGUUCCAGUGCGUCUGAGCCGUCAACGACCGCCGCAGCUGCCUUUGGUUGCCGGGGACCGCACACUUGCCGCAAACAUAAUCGAUGUCAUGAUCGACAGCAUCAACCACAACCUACGGAAAAAGCUUGAUGUCGAGCUGUACAUGCUGAACGUCGGUAUUCUCUUGCGCCUCGUCACAUACCUCAGCAAAGCAAGAAUACGCCUGAGUAAGUCGAAACAUGCAUUAAACACGAUACCUAGCAAUAGGCUGACUCUGAGAAAACAGCAUNACCACUGGCCAGAGCUCUGGCGAUCACUCCUAGCCUUUGUCCGUUUCCUCACCAUCUACGCCGAUGACCUACGCUCUCUCCACCGCAUAGACGAACUAAUCCACACCCUAACCUGCCUACUCUCCCUCUCCCUCACCAACGGCGAAACCUUUCUUCCAGACACAGCCAGCUACGACGACAUUUCCUACAAACUCGUUGAAUUCGGCCCCUCCCUACUCUCUUUCCGCGAUGCCUACUCCUUACAAAAAGGCGAAACGGCAGCUGCAAUGAAUAUCUUGGUGCAUGUGUCCAAGCACUACAGCGAUCUUAUUGCAAGCCAAAAGGGCAAAUCCAAAAAUCUGAGCCCUAGAGAAGUGCAAAAGAUUAUCAAAGAAGGAUAUGAGACGUUGAGUAUCGAGGCCAAGGAGGGAUUAGAUCAUUGGGAUAUGUAUCGUGAGGCGGAACACAAGGCGCAGUUGAAGAAGAUAGCAAGGACGGCUUGCGCGGAUGCAAGAGCACUGAUGGUGUAA